AUUCACAGAAGUAAGACCAUAAAUCAGUAUAGAAGAAAGAGCUGUGACAAACGUUCUUCUUCAUUAACAUUUCAGCUCCUUUGCGCCCCCCUUGCGCUUCUUUGGUUCGUCCAUAGCCAUUCCUCUGCAACUCGGAUUAAAUGGUAAAAUGUGAUCAUCUUGGUUAAAAGGAGUGAGGGAGGAGUGGAGUGGGCCAAUGCCCUAUACUGUUUGUGGUCAAUUAUGACAGCCCCCGUACGCCAGAUGGCCAGUCCAGCCGUGAUGGGCGGCUUGACACAGACAUGUUGCUUUAGAAGGAACUCCAGUCCUGUUUGCUCGGAAUAUGUCUGUUUGUUAAUGCUCCAAAAUGUAGGUGUGAUCUGACAACACGCCUCCAUUCGGAUUAAAGAGGUCUCUGGUCUUUAAAAAGGAUUCAUUUUCAGUUUUGCUCUUACGCGCGUGUUAGUGUUAAGCGUGCACCUGAUGGAGAGGGGACUGGGCUCGGGCGAACAUUGAAGCCUGAUCUGACCCAACGGCAGCACACGAUCUAAUAAACCGAAACUAACAGCAACUACACCGCAAUCAAAGCCUUUUCAACAGCAAACUACUAUUUUUACAUCCUUAGACGUGAAAAUGUGUGAGAAACGAAUGGAAAUGAGCGCAAAAGCAGAGGAAGGGCGGAAUCCGUUCCACAAGUCCGUACCUUUCUUUGCGCCUGGCUGUUUCUCUCCACCUUUAAAGCAGCUAGAGGGAAGACAACAGUUGAGAGGGAGGCGACAGCGCAAAUACAAUGGUCACUGAAACUGCAAAAGACAAUCCGAAGGCCGAUUAUUUCCCACCCGAAGCGAGCGAUUGCCCCAACUCUCCCAUCUCAUUUUCCUCCGAAGACGGCCAGCUAAGCAGGAGGCGCGACACCCAGACCACCAGCGGCAGCAUCAUCCCGGAGGACAGCGGCAGCAUCCAGGCCCUGGUCACCUCAUCCGCAGCCGCCGCCAGCAUCAUGACAUCAGGGGAGUUCGUGCAGACCGCUCCCCUGCUGGCGCACAAAUCCAAGAGGAGCAUGCUGUACAAGGCGCUGUGCUUCCUCCUCCUCAUCUUCCAGGGCGGCGUUCUGGAUUUCUACCUCAUCAUCUUCACGGACCUGUACUGGUGCUCGUGGAUAGCCACGGACCUCGUGGUGAUUUCGGGCUGGGGGAUUUUCUUCAUGAAGAACGCGCGGAGUAAGAGGGAGCGGGCCUGCGGCUUUCACCAGAAAAGCUCCAUUUUCGGCUGCAACCUCGGAGAGUUCACCUACGCCUACCUUGCAUGGCUCAUCUACGUCAUCGCCUGCACCCCUAAGGUGGUGCUCAUCCUGGAGACCUCCAUCCUGGAGCUGAUCAUGUUAAAGGUCCCGUUCGGAGCGACCGGCUUCAAAAUCGUCAUGCUGCUGUCUGCGCCGCUGCUCUUCUGCCUCAUCAACUCCAUCAUCGAGGACCUGAACGGUUCGACGCGGCACCACUCCCAGAGCUGCUUCAUGGGCACCUGCCUGGACCUGCUGGACAGCUUCACGCUUGUGGAGAUGCUGCUAAGGAACGAGAUCCCCACGCUUUAUCUUAAAUACACCGUGAUCUCGGUGUACUUUGUGGCCCUGGCCGUGCCGGUGGUCUGGCUGUAUGAGCUCACGGCGUCCGAGCUUCGCUGCAGGUGGCUUUGGGCCCGUUUCUCCACGGGCCUGGUGGUUAAUGCGCCCCUGCUGGUGGUCAGGUGUUUCCAGGUCUACAUCUACAAGAUGCCGGUGUCGGUGUUCAUGUUCAAAAACAUCUUCUUCUUGGCCUGUAAGCUACUGGAGCUGCUGGAGCAGUGUGUGGCAUUCCGGGGGGUCCGCAGGCUGGCUGGCGGCAGCAACCCGGCCCAGUUCUCCCACUGCGUGUCCGAGAACGACAUGUGUCCGCACGGGUAUGUCAAUACUCUGGCUGUGGCUCAGUCCUAGAGCCGUGGCGGCCGUCUCUGCCUGUGACGGCAGGACAGACAUAGCUGGAACCUGGAAAAUCCCAAAUGCCACCGAGUCUCUGCCUCGGGAUGCUGGCUUUUGGAUUCACGCCCACGCGAUAAGCAAAGCAGGUAUCAGGUAUCAGACAUGCAGGCAACAAUAAAGUAAGCAGUACAGAUAAUGGCAUUUUAGCUGCUAAAUAAUAGACAAAAAACAAAACCAAUUUUCUAAUCAGACUGAAAAAACUAAAUCUUCCUUAUCUCCUGUGGUGAGCUCCUGUUGGGCCUCCCAGCUGCAUCUAAACAUAAACUAAAAUAUUAUUAAAGGGCCUUGAAGAGGGCUCCAUCUCUGUGUUACCACUAACAGAGGUAUCAUUCCUGGGAAGACAAGAAAAUUUUCAGCAUAAAAUAAAAAAAUGGGGUAAAGGCAGAAAUUCCAUCAACUGAAGGCUGUGGAGGCCUAAUGUGCUAAAUCAGGUCUUUCUGUGUUAGUGGCCCAAAGGCAGCUACUUAAUGAUUAUUUCAGUGACUGUGAUUUGAAAUUUUUAUUUCCAAAGUUUAAAAAAAUCUGCCGUGUAGCAGCUUCAGGGUCCCGUUAACUGACACGCCCGAGUCACCAAGGCUGUGUCAGACUAAGAGACAGGCUUCAUUCACUAAUUAAACAGCAGGGACCACAUCUGGCCUUUGUUAUUAAUCGAUGAUGCUUACUACCAAACCACUUUGUGAUUAAUCACAUGCAGAGCUGUGAAAAAGUAUCUGACCCUGAUUUCUUUUUUUGUCGUUGUUUGCAUAUUUGUCACACGUCUCUGUUUCAGAUCAUCAGACUUUCUGAUUCUAAUAUGAUUUGAAAAAUAACCCGUCUAAAUACAAAAUGUACUUUUAUAUGAGGAAUGAUGAUUUUAUUUAUUGCUGGAAAAAGAUAUUCAAACCUACCUGGACCUGUGUGAAAAGGGGACUGCCCCCCUAAACUGGUUGUGCCACUCUUGGCAGCAACAACUGAAAUCAAGUGUUUGCAAUAACUGCCGAUGAGUUUAACUUCACUGUGGAGGAACUUUGUCUCAGUCUGAUUUACAUCAGGACUUUGACUCGGCCAUUCAAAAAAUCUUCAUGUUUUUUACCAUUUAGAGGUGGACCUGCUGGUGUCCUGCUGCAUGAAACCACUGUAGAGCUGAGCAUUCCCAGGAAGGUUCACCACUGUUCCAAGUUUUCUUGGUGGAUGGCAUUGUAACCCUGUCAAGCUUCCUUCUUUCACCUGUGUCCUGAUGCGUUGUUUUUAUGCAGCCUGCUUCACUUUGUCAGACGCGUUCUGUGUAAUGGAUUUUUUAAUUGAACAGGUCUGACCUGAAACAGGUAAACGUGACAAAUAUGCAAACAAAAAAGAAAGAAAAAGCAGAAACAAGGAAAUACUUUAACAAAUACUUUUUCACACUGCUGUACACGAAGCCUUUCAUGGGGCCCUCAGAGGUUUGUCUGCUUCAAUACAAGUGUGAGCAGUUCUGUUGAAUCCACGGCCAUAUUGCAGGCGGUGGUGAUGUCACACACGAUGUUGCGUAAAGCGCUUUGAGCGCUCAGACGGAGUAGAAAAACACGAUAUAAGAAACGGCCCAUUUACUGUUUUACACAAAUGACUUCUUACUUUACAGGAUGACGUUAUUUUCAGAACAGUGUGUUCCCAUUUAUGUUGGAAUGUGGAAAUGAUGUCGCGUACCUGCCUGCGAUAGCUGCAGGGUAAACUCGAUGAGCUUUCUGCGUUUGGGGCAGAUGGCACUCAACGUAAGAGGUAAACGGAUUUUCCAGUUUCUGGACAUGCCUGGUGUCACCUGUACCAGCCUUACAAUGAGCCCUCUUCAGACCAGCCAACAGGUGCUACAGUCAGACCCAACACCUGCAGGAGACUCUCACAACACUGCUGUGUCUGUUCAGCCUAUGACCUCAGAGGGACAGCAGCUGGACUGUGCUGAGAUCAAACUGCAAUUUGAAAACUCCAGAUUUAAGCCCUAACGCUGGGCUCUGCUCCACCUAAUGUACAUUAGUGUUUUCUAUUAAUGACAGUGAUGUCUGCUGGUCUUUAAUCGUACUGAAAGUAGAGUAGACUUGUGUGUAAGUUGCUUACAAACCAGCAGUGCCACAACCCCCAAUCCUACAGUGCCACGACCCCCCCGAGGCUUCUGUUGGUAUGAUCAUCUUUUAUUUCUUAGUUCUGAUUCUGCAGUUCUCUUGGUCACAAAUGGGCAGAGUUCAAGUUCUCCAAUACACAAACAAAGUAAAUAAACAAAAACCCAUCUAAUCAAUGGCUACAUUAUUUCUUCAUCAUUUAAAGUCUUAGCCCAGAAAGCUCAGCACUCUGAGCACGUCUGUUUCUAACAUACUGAAACCGGUUUCUCCACAAAAUCCAAUUAAAGGAGAAAAAUAGUGAUUCAAUUUUUUUUCAGUAUAUAGCAGUAAUAUCAAAUUUAGCCACAUUAUUACAGCUAUGGCUGUGCUCAUCAAUAUUCUUUCAAUCUGAUUUUAGCUUCUGUCACUAUCAGCUGUGGUGCAGUGCAUUUGGAUGUAAGUGCCUCUCAGUGCAUUACGAAAUAGCAGGCGAUAGCUAAAAACCAGAAUGCAGUGGUUGGAGUUUAGCCUUCAGCUUUCUAUGUGAAGGCUAAACAUACGUUUGGUCAUUUUUGAAAUUUCUAGCUCUGUUUGUUAAAUUAUUCUCUGCCUGGAAGAUUCCAGAACCCAAGAAAAGAAAAAUGUUCUGGACGUCAGCGUUUCCUUUGCUCUAUGUUCAAAGGCCAUAAGCUUCUGUACUGGAUACACAGAGUCGGUAAGAAGCUUUAAACAACACUAUGUGUAUAUAAAUGAACUGAAUUUGUAUUAAAAAUUCAUGGUUUUCAGAGUGUAUAUAUCAUUUUUUCAUAGAUGUGACCUGAGGUGGGAGACAGUCUGCAUCCAGGUGAUGCUGGGGAGGGCACAGGUAUCAUGAUAAAGUAUUUACCCCCUUCCUGAUAUCUUCAUUGUUUUUGGCAUAUUUAUCACACUUAAACAUUUCAGACCAUUAAACAGAUUGUAAUAUUAGAUAAAGAUAAUCAGAUUAAAUACAACCUAAUAACUGGUUGUGCCACCCUUGGCAGCAAAAACUGCAAUCAGGUGUUUGCAACAGCGCCCACGAUUUGAAGAAUUUUAUUUCAGCCACAUUGAAAGUCUUUGACGACUUCCACAUGAUGGAGCAGUGUGUCUAUUACACUCUUUGCUGAGUUGAAUUAUUUGAAGUCAUCCAGGUGCUGAAACAGCAAAGCAGCCCCAGAACACCACACGACCUCCAGCACGUCUGACUGCUGCUCUGAUGUUCUUUUAAAGAAGUGUGUUAAUGUUAGGCCAAAUUUAACGGGGACUCAGACGUUUCAAAUGUCUCACAGGUUCACAGAAUAUUUUCCCCAAAGUCUUUAUUUUAUUUAUGUUUUUUGAUAAAUGUAAGAUGAGCCUUUGUUUUACCCAAUUACAUGAUUGCAGUUCUUGCUGCUGAGGGUGAAACAAUCACUUAUUUGGGUUUUUUCCACAGAGGACCUUUGAUUUCUUUUUCCCCUUAAUCAGUGAAAUUAUCUUUAAAAAACUGCAUUUUGU